AUGUCUACCAGCAGCAGCUCAUCGCAAGCAACGUCACACAUUGCGUGCUCCUACUUCCCCCAAGUCCCCGGAGGGUACAUUCCGGUACGUCUUGGCACGCGACAAGGGCACUGGGCUGCCGACGGCGGCGAUGACGCGCCUGUCUGUGCGACUAAUGUUCCGCCGUUGCGUAACCCGCUGUCUCGCCCUCGCCCAUCACCUCCGUCCAUCACCCAUCCGCCAAGCCUUCUGUCGUCGAGCGCCCCCGUUCGCAUUCUACCCUCCCACGGCAACACCGAGAACAAUAAUGACGGCCUCAACCGGCGCUGGUCCCCGAACCGAAGCUCCCGACGGGGCUUCCCCCCAAGCAACGCCGACAAUACCCAAGCCCAAUCCCCCUGGCCAGGAGUGACCCUCGCAGCCCUCCCCAAAUCCUGGACCUUCACCUCCUCCCUUCCCCCCGACCCAAUGUAUCCGACCCCGGCCGAAAGCCAUCGCACCCCCCGCCAUGAGAUCCACCCUCGCCAGGUCCGCCACGCCCUCUUCACCUGGGUGCGUCCCGAGCCCCAAUCCACCUCUGAAUUGCUGGCCGUGUCCCCCGCCGCGAUGCGCGAUCUGGGACUGCUAGCGUCAGAAGCAGAGACGGAAGAUUUCAAGCAGACCGUCGUGGGGAAUAAGUUGUGGGGUUGGGAUGAGGAAAAGGAAACGGGGGAGGGCUACCCCUGGGCGCAAUGUUACGGCGGGUGGCAGUUUGGCAGUUGGGCUGGACAACUUGGCGACGGGAGGGCUAUUUCGCUGUUUGAAGCGACAAACCCGUUUACGGGGGCGCGAUAUGAAGUGCAAUUAAAGGGAGCGGGGAUAACGCCAUACAGCCGGUUCGCGGAUGGCAAGGCUGUUUUGAGGAGUAGCAUACGCGAGUUCAUCGUGUCGGAGUACCUCCACGCGAUAGGGGUGCCGACGACAAGAGCGCUGGCAAUUUCGCUGCUGCCGAAUGAGAGGGUACGACGGGAACGCAUCGAGCCGGGGGCGAUUGUGGUCCGCUUCGCCCCGUCGUGGCUGCGCAUCGGUACCUUCGACCUCCCCCGUAUGCGGGGCGACCGCGAGCUGGUAAGACAACUGGCGACAUACCUCGCCGAGCACGUCAUCCCCGGCGGGUGGGAGGCACUCCCUGCCCGACUAGAAGACCCCUCUUCCCCUCCACAAGACGAAUCCAUCCUCACGCCCCUCACGGGCAUCCCCCCUUCCGAAAUCCAAGGCUCCCCCGGGGAAGAAGAAAACCGCUUCGCCCGCCUCUUCCGGCACAUCGCCCGACUCAACGCCCUCAUGGUCGCCUCUUUGCAAUCAUAUGCCUUCACCAACGGCGUCCUCAACACAGACAACACCUCCCUGUUAGGCCUCUCCAUGGACUACGGCCCGUUCGCCUUCCUCGACGUCUUCGACCCAAGCUACACUCCCAACCACGACGACGACACGUUGCGAUACAGCUACCGGAAUCAGCCAACAAUCAUCUGGUGGAAUCUGGUCAGGCUAGCCGAAGCCCUCGGUGAGCUGCUCGCUGCCGGGGGGGAGGUGGACGAGGAGUGGUUCGUGAGCAAGGGGUUUAGCAAGUUCGAGAGUGAAGAGGCGACACAACCUUACGUUAGGCGGGCAGAAAAGAUCAUCGCGCAAGCAGGGCAGGAGUACAAGGCCGUUUUCCUAGCCGAGUACACCCGUCUCAUGCGCCGACGUUUGGGGUUCCGUACUGUCAACCCCGACGAUUUGGAGGGGUUCAUCUCCCCGUUACUAGACACCAUGGAAUCGCUUUCCCUCGAUUACAAUCUCUUCUUCCGCACUCUUUCCUCCAUCCCCCUAGUUCCAACCCCAACUCCCGAGUUGUGGGACACAGUCCUACCAAAAUUCUUCUACCCCUCCACCCCCCCUUCCUCUUUACCCCAAGAUAAAGCCCCCCUACUAAAGGACCUCACAACCUGGCUUGAAAAGUGGCACGAGCGGAUCAAGCAGGACUGGAACAACGGCAAUCCUCUUAUACCAGAAAUAGACCAGGAAAGAAUCAAGGCUAUGAAGGGGGUAAAUCCGAAAUUUGUGCCGCGCGGAUGGAUUUUUGAUGAGGUCAUUCGGAGAGUUGAGAAGGAUGGCGAGAGGAAUGUUCUGAAGCGAUUGCUGCAUCUGUCGCUGCAUCCUUUUGAGGACAAUUGGGCUGGGAGGGAGUUCGAUGGGGUGUUGUACGAAGGGAAUAAGGACGAGGAGGAGAGGUGGACAAGUGAUGUGCCCAAGGUGGGCAGGAUGCUUCAGUGCAGUUGUAGUUCGUAA